AUGGUCGAGCAGUCGAUUCUUGAUGGUCAACCCAUCAUCUCCGCGAGCAUACAAUAUCGUUUGGGGGCGCUUGGCUAUCUACAUACUCCGGAGGCUGGAAAUGCAAAUCUCGCGCUGAACGAUCAACGAAAUGCGCUUCUCUGGAUCCAAAAUUUCAUCGAGGGCUUUGGAGGGGACAAGAAGAAGGUUACUGCGUUUGGAGAGUCCGCUGGCUCCAUGUCAAUAUGCGCCCACAUGCUACGCCAACAUCCGUCUUCGGGUCCGCUGUUCCAGAGAGCGAUUCUCAUGUCUGGCAUUAUUGGGCCAACGACAGCACCGCUAUCACCCGAAAGCGCAAGCGAGACAUACAACAGCUUCUUGAAAAGAGUUGGGAUUGAAGAAGAAGGCGAGGCAGGUCUGGAGAAAUUACGUCAGGUGGACGUACAAAAGAUCGUCGAAGCAUCCGCCGAGCAUCGAGCAGCUAAUAAUAUGUGGCUUUCGGUUCAAGAGCCAGAAUGGUUUGGUGAUGAAGCGGGCUCUGUGACAUGGGACCGCAUCCCCGAGUUGCUUGGCAAAUGCGAGUGGGUCAACGAGAUUAUUCUGGGUACUACUGGCUUUGAGGGCGUCACGUUGAUGUCAGGAAUUGCUGCUGUCAGCCCCGACGCUUUCCUCAAAGGCAUCGCAAAGCAGCUAGGCGAGAAAAGCGCGGACCUCGUCGAGCAAGCUUACGGUAUCUCACCGAAAAUGGACAAGAACGUGUUCAUAACUGCAGGCGCACGUUGGCACACAAACAAGAAGGUCUAUCGCUACGUCUUCGAUGUCCGAAAUCCUUUCGCCACCAGUCCCUUCUGGCAGCAAGCGCAUCAUUGGGUCGACGUCUACUACGUGUUCAAAACGUACCAAUUCCGCUACCCGUCACAAAGACUCAAGGACAUCUCUACCCAACACGCACGAACCUGGAACAGCUUCGCGAAUGGAGAGACGCCGUGGAAAGAAUACAAAUAUACCGGCAAAGGCGACGAAGCAGUGAUGGUGGCAGACGAGAGGGAUGGCUGGGUGCAAAGGACUGUUGAAGAGCACGAAAAGGUGGUGGACAACAGCUGGCGGAGGUGUGAAGCGUUGGUGGAGAGCUGGGACAGCAUGCGCGGGAAGCAUUUCUCGCCAUUUCAAAUCGAGCCAAUGAAGGCGAACAAGGUAGCCUAG